CGUGUAGUUUUCUCUCAUACAGGAAGAAAAUGAAACUUUGAACUUUAAGCAAUCUGACCAGGACUAUAAUUGUAAUUUUUUAUAUUUGAUCCACCUUCUCGCACACAGAAAAAUAACUGUACAAGGACAAAGUCCAUAGGUCACAUUAUAUAUAGACAUAGCCCAUCUGCACCUGCAGUGAUAAACCAAAGCACCUAUUUGUUUUCAACACCAAUGGAGUUGUGGACAAGAGCAAGAAGAACUAAGGUGAUUGAUUUCAGAGGACUACUUGGUGUUUUGGUACUUUUUUAUACAGUUGGUGUUGAGAGCAGAAAAUCUGUGAAGUGGGAUUAUUUUGAGAAUGCAGCUUCAAGUUGCAGGGCUCAUAGUGCUUCAGUAUCAGAUUUUGGAGCUGUUGGAGAUGGAAAAACUGCAAACACAAAGGCUUUUCAAGCUGCAAUUGAUCAUUUGAGCCAGUUCUCAUCAAAAGGUGGAUCCAUACUCUAUGUUCCUCCAGGAAGAUGGUUGACUGGAAGUUUCAAUCUUACCAGUUAUUUCACUCUUUAUCUUGACAAAGAUGCUGUCCUUCUAGCUUCUCAGGAUGAAAGUGAAUAUCCACUGAUAGAGCCCCUACCAUCCUAUGGUAGAGGAAGAGAUGCAGAUGGUGCAAGGUAUAGCAGUCUCAUUUUUGGAAACAACCUCACAGAUGUUAUAGUAACAGGAGCCAACGGCACUAUUGAUGGUCAGGGUGAACUCUGGUGGACAAAAUUCCGUGCCGGAGAGCUGAAUUACACCAGGCCUUACCUGAUAGAAAUCAUGUUCUCUACUAACAUUCAGAUAUCCAAUCUUACAUUGAUCAAUUCCCCAUCAUGGAAUGUCCAUCCUGUUUAUUGCAGCAAUGUUGUGGUUCAAGGCUUGACAAUUCUUGCACCAGUGAGGUCUCCAAAUACUGAUGGGAUCAAUCCAGAUUCUUGCACAAAUACCAGAAUUGAGGACUGUUAUGUUGUCUCCGGAGAUGAUUGUGUGGCUGUUAAGAGUGGUUGGGAUGAGUAUGGUAUUUCUUUCGGGAUGCCUACAAAGCAGCUUGUGAUCAGAAGGCUGACAUGCAUUUCGCCCACCAGUGCAGUGAUUGCACUGGGGAGUGAGAUGUCUGGGGGGAUUGAGGAUGUCAGGGCAGAAGACAUCACAGCUAUUGAUUCAGAAUCAGGUGUUAGGAUCAAAACUGCAGUAGGAAGAGGAGGUUACGUAAAAGACAUAUAUGUGAGAGGGAUGACAUUGAAAACAAUGAAAUGGGUAUUUUGGAUGACAGGAAAUUAUGGUUCUCAUCCUGACGACAACUAUGACCCCAAUGCAAUUCCUGUGAUUCAGAAUAUUAAUUACCGAGACGUGGUUGCCGAAAAUGUGACAAUGGCAGCUAAAUUAGAGGGCAUUGCUGGUGAUCCCUUUACUGGAAUCUGCAUAUCUAAUGUGACCAUUGGACUCGCACAAAAUUCAAAAAAACUUCAGUGGAACUGCACUGAUGUUGCAGGGAUUACAAGUGAAGUGAAUCCAAAACCUUGUGCUCUGUUAGCAGACCAGGGACCGGGUAAGAUUGGAGGAUGCGAUUUUCCAGAAGAUAGCCUGCCAGUUGAGAAUAUGGAGGUUCAGACGUGCUCUUUCUUUAGGAAGCAUCAUUGGUGACAUGAGAAGUAUUUGCACCUUGGAACAUGUAUUCUGUUUGUUCUAACGGUAAUAUAGCGUGACUUACAUAUAUCAAUCAAAAAUCUGGGUUUUGAGAUGAUUUAAUGAAGGAUCCAUGGAAACUGUCGGGCUACACAAGUAAAUCUACCUUGUGGUGAAAGGAACAAAAACAGUAUUGAUAGGAGAAUUCCAUGGACUACGUAUAAUAAUAGCAUAAAAAUAGCGGCCCUUUAUGAAUUUAUUUUACUUUA